CGCGGUUGUAUCAGAUGAAGAUUAUAAACUCGAAUGAGAGUGAUUAGUGCCGAUAAAAUUCGUUGUUUAACGCCCAUGUCAUUUUAUUUGUAUCAUAAUCAUUAUUAUUAUUAUUAUUAUUAUUAUUGUUAUUACUAUUAUUAUUCAAAGAGUCGCUGGUUGUCAUAUGAAUAUAAUAUUUUAAAUUUACCGUGCGCGUAUAUUAUAAUAUAUGCGUGUAUUUUUGUCGCGUUGAUUGUGUUAAUAUUAUUAUUUAAAUAUACAUUAAUAUAUUAAAACAUAACGACAUAUUAUAUGGCUCUGGGUGUUUUCGAUUAUGUUGUGCUUACGGUCACGUUGCUCGCGUCCGCCGCGAUCGGGGUGUAUUACCGGCUCACUGGUGGCAAACAGCAAACGACACAGGAAUACAUGCUGGGAGACAAGAAAUUGUCAAUUAUACCUGUGGGGUUUUCGUUAAUGGCCAGUUUCAUGUGUGCUACAGCCAUGUUCGGGUUAAGCGCCGAAAACUAUUUGAGAGGAACACAAUUUAUGGUCAUUAAUGCAUCCAAUAUUAUCGGCACACCUAUUGUCGCCUAUGUGUUCCUACCAGUAUUCUAUAAACUCGGAUAUUUAUCCGUCUACCAGUAUUUGGAAGAGCGUUUCGGCAAGUCGACCAGAAUCUUCGCCUCGGUGGCGUUUAGCAUCCAGACGGUGCUGAGGACUGCACUGGUCCUGUACGCGGCCUCGCUGGCUCUGAACGCCAUCGCUGGCUUUUCGCAGACAGCGUCCAUGACGGUCGUCGGCAUUCUGUGCACGUUUUACUCGACCGUCGGCGGCAUCAAAGCCGUAAUCGUCACCGAUUUGUUUCAGUCCUUGCUCAUGUUUGGAUCCGUUUUCGCCGUCAUUGCGGUGGCAGCGGCUGAAGUCGGCGGACUGUCAGGGAUCUGGAGGAUCGCUUAUGACUACGGUCGCGUAGAACUGUUCAACUUUCAGAUCGACCCGACGGUCAGGCACAGCUGGUGGUCACUGAUGCUAGGUGGAAUGUUCACGUACGUCUCGGUGUACGGUGUCAACCAGGUGCAGGUGCAACGUUACCUGACCAUGAAGGACUACGGGACCGCGGUCAGGACCCUGUGGUUCUGUUGGCCAAUAACCGCGUUCUUGUCGCUGUCCAUGUGCUUCGCGGGCCUGGCCAUAUUCUCCAAAUACCGGGACUGUGACCCGAUCAAGGAAGGCAGAAUAAGCAGCGGCGAUCAGCUGAUGGCUCUAUUCGUGCUGGACACGAUGGCCCACAUACCUGGAUUAACCGGCCUGUUUUUGGCGGGUGUCUGCUCAUCCGCUCUGUGCUCCGUGUCCGCAGCCCUCAAUUCACUGGCAGCCGUCACACUUGAGGACUACGUCACGCCACUGACGAACGUCGACAUACCCGAUGAGAAACGCGUGGUGUGGCUCAAAGUGCUUGUCGUCGUCUACGGAAUUCUAUCGAUAGCGUUGGCGUUUUGUGCGCAUUUCGUGGGACCGCUGCUGCAGGCAUCGAUGACGAUUUUGGGAAUUAUUGGAGGACCUAUGUUGGCGGUGUUCACUCUGGGCAUACUCAUACCGUACGCAAACCAAAAGGGUGCUUUGGUGGGUCUGCUCGCCGGCCUCGUUUUAUCGUUCGUCUUGGGACUAGGAGGACCCAAACCGCCGAUGCACAAUUUGCCCACCUACACCAACGGAUGUUCGCCGGACUCGUUUCGUGACUUCGAUGUAAAUGCUUCGUCUACCGCCACUCUACUACUACCAACGUCCAUGACCACACUAGAGAUUCACGAAGAAAAUUACAUGUAUUUGUAUAGGAUAAGUUACAUGUAUUACAUAGUCAUUGGUUUCGCAACUACAGUAUUAGUGACUUUGGUGGCAAGCUUGUUCUUCGAGUCGAAUGCCAAAACUCUUGAUCCGAAACUACUUUUUUCGGCUAAUCCAAACGGCGUAGAAAGACAAGUUGAAACGAGACAAAAAAGACCGUCAACUGUUUCGAAAACCGUCACGUUUUCCAUUAAUUCGUGAAAAAUAUUAUUUUUUAUUAUUAUUAUUAUUACUAAUAUUAAUAGACAAUAGUUUAUUAUUUGUUUAUGGUAUAUAAUAAUGAUAAGUAUUUUUGUUUGAUUUUAUCAUCCUAACCAGAAAGUUGAUUAAUUAUUUAUAUGUUUGUUGACAUAGUUUAUAAUAUUAUCUACUUGUAAUUUACAUUUUUACUGUAAAAAUAGAUUUCUAUGAUAUUUUGAAUAAAAAAUUGUUAUAAAAA